CGCGCACGUACGUGCGCUGUUAAAUUUUGCGUGUGCUUAUACGAUAUUUACGUGUAUAAUAUUAGUGUAGACCCACGUACUGUACAUGUCUGUAGUGCAUAGUCAGUGUACAUCACAAAUUUUCCUGUAGAAGGAAGAUGGAACUUGGAUGACAGAUAGACUUGGAAACUUGACUGCAGAUCUCUGCAUUUUUCCAGUACAUCCGGUUAAAAGAUUGCCAGCAGGGCACUCUACCGUUGUCGUGGCGAACAAUCAAAAUAAAUCCACCAUGCCUGCUUUGUUGGAGAGACCCAAGCUAAGCAAGGCUAUGGCUUCAGCUCUUAGGGUUCAUGUCGUCAAAGAGAGAGAAAGAAAACGGCAAGAGGAAGAAGAAGCAGAUAAGGCGAUUGAACGAAAGAAACAAGAACAGGAGAGAUUACGGAAGAGACAAGAAGCAGAGACGCUGUCAUUAGAAGAGACAAAAGAACAGGUCAACAAUAUGGAGGAGAAACUGAAAUCCCUACAGCAAGAGAAACAUGAGCUUUUCUUACAACUCAAGAAAGUCCUGAAUGAAGAUGAGAAUAGGAGAAGACAACAGGAGAGCAAGAAGAAUGAAAUGCUUGUUGCUAUGAGUCAGUCUUACCAUCCCGCUAUGCAGCUACCAGGCCCUCACAUGCUGGUACAGAGUGGAAGUUUAGCAAGGCCGACCUUGCUGGGAGAUGGACCCAAAGGGCAUUACUAUCGCGGAACCCAGACUCCUCCCUCACAAACAGUUCAGCAGAGUGUGAAGCGAUCUAGAAGUCCAUCGCCCCCUGUGGUAGACCUGUACCCUAAACAUCACAUACAAGGCAGCCAUUAUCCACAUGUAGCUUAUACGCAAAGCCAAGUCACUCAUGCUCACAGCCCAUACAGACAACAAGGACACAUAGCCUACACGACAGCUCAGGCUCCAUCAGCCUCCUUCAUCAACCAAUCAGCGAGUGGCUAUCCUCCAACCCAACAACCGGUCCACGCCAACUACGCCUCCAGCAGCCAAUCAAAUCCUAACAAAUACCAGGCAAGGGAGUCCGCUUUUAGUUCCUAUGGCAACCACUUUGCGACGGCGCAGAAAGGCAUUGCAGAGCAGAUCUCUCAGUCCUACCAGCAGCAACAACAACAACAACACCAGCAACAGCAGCAGCAGCAACAAAGAUAUUUGCAAGGUGCCCCUUCAUCCAGCCUGCAUUCUGCCUCCCACCAUGGAGUGGAACAGUCCAGGAAAGCCAGUAGUGAAGGUGAUGACCAAGGCUACUAUCAGGCCAAACUCCAAGGCCAGCAGCAUCUUCGUCAGCUGAAUUCUGGUCACCCUCAAGCCAUCCAUCAUCCAAGCAGUCAUCAACCUCUGCUAACACAAGGUCAAGUCCAGGCUCACAUACAACCUGCGCAGACAAAGCCGAGUAUCCCCACCUCGUUUGCUACUCAUGGAAGAAGGAAAACAGACUCACCUGUGUAUCACAAGAAACCAAGCCAACAACAUGGGUCAAACUACCCACCAGGACAAGGAGGAGGAGGAAGAUCAGGCUACGGAUCAGCUCAGGGGCAACACCAAGGAACUACAAGAUACUACUAAGGACCCUAGUCAUACCCCAGGACUGUCAUACCCACCCACAUCCAGAAUGAGCAGAAGGUUACCACUAAAACUUUCCAAUGGUUACGUUAUGGGCAACACCAAGGAACUGCAAGAUACUACUAAGGACCCUAGUCAUUCCCACCCACAUCCAGAAUGAGCAGAAGGUUACCACUAAAACUUACAUUAUGGGCAACACCAAGGGCCUGGAAGAAGCUAGAUUAGACCGACCCACAAGACUUUACAGUGGUUACCCCAACAGUAGUAUUGAGGGUUUAAAGGAUACUAUAAAGUGGCAGAGUAUACCCCAUCAUCUACAUCAACAGAUAAAUGUAAAGAGCCCUCCAAGAUUAUGUGAAGAUUGGUGGAAGAGCCAGGACCAAAGAGCUUGGAAGGACUAUGUGAAUAAGACUAGGCAGUUUGAACCUCCAAUCAUAUUCUAGUACCCCUUUUGCAAGUCUUGAAAGAUCCUGAUAGAUCCUGAUAGCUUACAAUGUUCUGAUUAUAAAGGUGGUUUCAGAAUCUUUACGAGAUGCUUUAAGGAAAUGUUCUGCUACUAGAACACCGUCCUUUCUUAAAGGACGCUUCAAGACAUGUACAUUAUGCACUCUUGUAUCCCUACCAUACACAUUAGAGACAGCUAGAUGAGUUAAGGUAUAGGCUAUUCUGGAGCCCUUGGGAAGCAUAUUUUAUUACUUGCUAUAUUAUAAGGUCAUGGUGUAAUCUCAUUCCACCUGUGAAUAGUAAGGCUCUGACCAGUCAUGUCAUCAGGUUCCAAAAUGUAACACACCAAGAUUUCAUUUUGACAACUUCCAGCAUGAAAAAUCAUACCCAGGUUAUGCUCCUUGUGUAUAAGUGAGAAACUUCCCAGUGAAAAAUGGCAACCUUUUAAUGAAUAAAUUUUGUGAGUGGUGCCCUUGCAUUUAGUUGCAAGAAAGUCAUUUAUAUUUGUAUCAUUACAAGAGCUUCAUGUUUUCUCUUUGUGAGGAUUGGUUAUAUAAUACCAAAACAUUUCAUCUGGCAUGAAAGCACUGGGAGUAAUUUCAAAUCUAAACAUAUGGGUGACAGCACUAGAGAUAUCCUUUGCUUAGGGUUUAUGGAAAAUAUGAAAUUAGGUGUUAUGAAUUUCUUGUUAACACCCUAUUUUGAUUUAACUCUUAUGCAAAUAUGCUAGGUGUAUGAAUCUUAUUAUAGACAGUUUACAUGGGUGUCAUUGUGAAAACAGUAUGUGUAUCCUCAGUGUCUUGUAAUAUAAGUUGUGCAGAAAUGUGAACUUAGGGAACAUAUAAAAAGCCAAUCAUAAUUUCUCAUGCAUGUUGUUGACCUCAAAAUUACACAAUCAUUAGGUAUGUACAUGUACCUUCAUAUUAUAAAAAUCAUUUUGACAAAUUGGGCCAUAUCCGGUUAAAUAUGUGUAAUCAUUCUUGUCCUUUUUUUCCCCAUCUCUUUUAAAUUAGAUGCUUGAUUUGGAUUAUUCUAAAGUUCUGAAUGUAUAGCUCAAUCUAUUCUUGAAGUUUCUAAGAACUUGAUUAUCCGUCUGAAUUAUAUUAUAAUGUGGUUCAUGUUGUCUCUAUCUCUUAUUAUAAUCAUGAUAUUGUUAUUGUUGUUGAAUAUUAAAUGUCAAAUGAAUCAGAAA